AUGGAAGACACCAAGUACCUGCCGGAGCUCCUGGCCGAGAAAGACAGCUUGGAUUCGUCAUUCACACACGCCAUGAAGCUUAUUUCUGCUGAGAUCGAUAGGAUCCAAAAAGGUGAACCCAAGAAAGAAGCAGAGAAGGAGACGUACCUGGACCUCUUUACUACACAUAAACUUAAAGAGCGUCUACUUAUCCCAUCCAAGCAAUACCCCAGGGUAAACUUUGUCGGCAAGAUUUUGGGGCCACAAGGUAGCACAAUCAAGAGGCUGCAAGAGGAAACUGGUGCCAAGAUUUCAGUUUUGGGUAAAGGCUCCAUGAGGGACAAGAAUAAGGAGGAAGAGCUUCGGAAUGGUGGGGAAGCCAAAUAUGCACAUCUUGCUAUGGAGCUGCAUGUUUUCAUUGAGGUGAUGGGACCCAUUCCGGAAGCACACUUUCGGAUGGCUAAUGCCAUGGAGGAGGUCAAAAAGUUCCUGAUCCCAGUAUGUGAUCCCAGUGAAUACGAUCCAUAUAUGGACCCCCACUUCCUCAAUGGAUCUCACGAUGGUUCAGCCAGGGGACGAGGGCAAAUGGGACGAGGAAGAGGAGGACCACCAGGUGCUGGGCCGAGAGGGCGUGGAUUUCCCCGCGGCGGUCCUCGGGGGGGUAUGCGCGGCGGAGCCCCGCGAGGUGCAAUGGGCCGAGGCAAUUCGCGAGGCGGGCCAGCCGGUAGAGGUGGACCCGCAGCUCCAAAUCGAGGGGCUGGUGCCUCUCGCUCCAGACCCCCUGCAGCCGGGGCACCAAGGAUGCUCCCCGCUUCUGCCCUUUCCCACCAGAAGGUUCCCCCUUCAGGCACCCAACCCAAACCUGAGUCCUAUGAAGACUAUCCUGCUUAUGAGGAUUCAUAUGCAGAGCCAGCCUAUGAGGGGUAUGAAAAUUAUUAUAACCAACAACCUGUGCCCACUGAUACUGAGUAUUACGAUUAUGGUCAUGGAGAGCCCCAGGAAGCGGCCUAUGAGCAAUAUGGUCAGGAGGAUUGGGAGAACCAAUGGUCCGCCGCUGCUGCUGGAGGCAAGGCUGCUCCAGCCAGGCAGACAAAAGGAGCCUAUAGAGAGCAUCCCUAUGGAAGAUUCUGA